GGGCCCCGCGGCGCCGGCUCCCGCCUCCUGCCCCUUUCUCGGGGCAACUGCUCGCUGGCACCCUGGCGGGGCGGGGCCGGGAGGGGUGCGCAGCGGCCUCACCCCACUUUGCUUUUUCUCCCGCAGCCACAACCCGGGGAUCUGAUCCAAAUUUUUCGCCCCCCGAUCGAGCACUGGGCCCUGUACGUGGGCGAUGGCUACGUCAUUCACGUGGCACCGGUCGACGGGCGUGGAGGGGCCAGCCCCGCCUGGCUCUCGUCCAGCUCGGCCGGGAGGGCCAUGGUGAAGAAGGAGCGUCUCCGGGACAUCCUCAGGGGUGGCAAGUACCGCGUGAACAACAAGUAUGACAAGACACGCGCCCCGCGGCCGGUGGAGGAGAUUCUGGCCAAGGCCGAGGCAGAGGUGGGCAAGAAGAUGUUCUACAACGUUUUCCUCCAGAACUGCGAGCACUUUGUCACCGAGCUGCGCUAUGGCCGGAGCAUCAGCCACCAGGUCCAAGAUGGAGUGACAUCUGUGGUUGUUGGCUCGCUGCUUUGCGUCUCGCCGUGGUUGUGUGUCAUGGGUAUUGCUGUCGUGGGGGUCUACGUCUUCCUGCGAGAGUCCUAGUAGCCAGGAGCCCCAGCCCAGCCUGGCGGGACGAACAUCAGCCUGGCCCCCCCAGCCGUGGGGCCACGUCAGCCCGUGCAGCACACUCCUGUGUUCUCUCCUUGCACCAAUAAAGGGCUUGGCCCGGCA